AUGGCUUCAAGAUAUGAAGAAGCAAAAUCGUCUGACGCUCACGAGGAAGACAGCCACCACAAGAAGUGCGUUUAUUGUGGAAGUGAAGGAAACCUUUUUUCUCUGAAAUGUGAGCUAAAACACAAAAUAUGUCAAAAGUGCCUUCCAACAAAUACAAAGCGGUUCGGCUACGAAGAAGACGAAAUGUACACCUGUCCGGAGUGUUAUACUGAACCUACCGUUCCCUCGCCGCACGUUUGGAUUUUUGCCGACAACUCUAACAUCUGGAUUGAAGCAAUGAAGCACGCUAGUAAAAUGAAGGGGUUUAUAUCAAAACAAGACGGCCGAGUGCGAAUCGACAUCGGCCGCCUCACAGACGUCGUAACUGGUGGUCGUGAAGUUGAACAAGCUACGCUCUACGGCUCGGAGCCACCAAAAGUUGAUACCGUUUGGAAGAAGAUAAACACGUACAAGAAUUGGCGCGUUAAAACUUCCGAGAGGAGCGCCGUUACAGGCAAGGAAAAAGAGGUGGAUGCAGAGCUUGUGACAGAUGUGACGGAAGUCGCUUGCAAUACUCCGCCCCAUUUGCGGGGUACAAUCAUCAUCAUCAGUGGUGAUCGUGAUAUAUGCCCUGCAGUUCAGAAAACAUUGGCAAGAAAUGGGGGGAAGUACACUUGGAAAGUUGAAAUCCAUGUGUGGAAGCAUGCAACCACUCUAUUGGAUCGUCUGGUUGGGUUGAACAAGAAAUAUCCAGGGCGUGUUUUUUGUGACCUAUUGGACAAUCACAUGGAAAAGGUCACGUUCCUCAACCGACAACUCUCGUCAAGAAGGCAGAAAAAUACCAGCAAUAAUUAUUGCUCGGCAGUAAUUUCAAUUAAAAAAGGACAGGAUAUUGCAAAACAAAUAAUCAAGAAUGAAGAAUGGUGGAAGAAACUGGAGGAUGCUGCAAAGUGGCCAGUUGAAUACAAACAGCCCGAUGAAAAUGAAGAGAGAUAUCUAGUGCUUGUUUUCAGGGGCAUGGAAGAAGGAAAAGUGAAGGAUUUGGUGAAAAAUCUUAACAAUCCACCAACAGAACAAUUCUCACUACCAAGUAUUGAACGGUGUGAGCUCUUUUCCAUGUUUAAACAAAGAACUCAAAGUGGUAGGGGGAAAUAUGUUACACGUGAAGAUGGAUGGACAGAAGUCGUUAAAAGGAACAUCAAACCCAGUACAGCCUCUUCAAGUGCAGGUAGCACUAAAUUAUCAACACUAAAGCCCACUCAGCCGUCACCCGGAGAGGAUUCUCUAAUUGGAGACCUCCUCUCUCUGGACCUCCCGUCCACCUCCUACAAUGCUCCUCCCGCUCCCGCCGCCACCGCUGGAGAUGGGCUGGGUGAGCUGGAUCUACUAGGGGACCUGUCUGGACUCCAGAUUGGAGGGGGCUAUGGAGGAGGGAUGAUAGGAGGCCAGACUGGUGUUGGAGGUAUAUUCGGAGGGACUGGGCUGCCCGGCAUGGGGGGAGGAAUGGGAGGAGGAGGAGGUGGGGGAGGGGUUGAUCUGUUUGGAGGUCUUGGAGGUCAGGGACCCAAUCCAGGGAUCAUGUUCCAGGGAGGACCCAUCUCUCUCCCCAAACAGGAGUGGCUGCCUGCUGCCAGGGGCAAAGGAAUGGAGAUAAUGGGGAUCAGAUCUACCUUUGGCCUGGCUCCUGGUCCUCUAGCUGUCAACUCUCCGCUGAUGCCCAACUGCACUGCCUCCACUCUACUCCCCAUCACCCCUGGAGGUCUGGUCAUGAAGAUGACUCCCCUCACUCAGCUGCAGGUGGCCAUCAAGAACAACGUGGAUGUCUUCUACUUUAGUGUCAACAUGCCCACACACGUGCUGUUUAGUGAAGAUGGAACCAUGGACCGUAAGGUGUUCCUGGCAACGUGGAAGGAGAUACCUCAGAGCAAUGAAGUACAGUUAUCUGUUGACAAUGUCUCUCUUAUAUGCCAGUGUUACAUGUCAGACCAGGUCCAGCAGAAGUUGGAGACCAACAAUGUGUUCCUGAUCGCUAGACGUCAGGUUGAUGUGGGCGGACUCAACCAGGAGCUGAUGUACAUGUCUCUCAAGUUUAUCAACAAUAUCUGGGUCCUCGUUGAGGUCAAGGCUGCCCCUGGGUCUGCCACUGUGGGCCUUGCCCUCAAGACAUCGGCCAUGGAUGUGAUUCCUGGAGUGUUGGAGGCUUGCAAGUCUAUUCUCCAUGCCUAGAAGACACAUUAUUGAAAACUGUUGUAGAUUACCAAUGUAAAUUGUAGGGUGUGCAGCUCACUUGUGG